AUGCAUGUCCUGAGGAAGUUGCACCGCUCGUUCGCGCGGACGCUGAGGCAUCAUGUGCGACGAACCUUAACCUCUCGGCCAAACGCGAGUACGGUCGCGGAGAAGGAUACGGAGAAAACAAUAGUGGUGAGUCGAAUUGACCGGGUAACCACAAUCGGCAUCAACCGGCCGGAGAAGCAGAAUAGUCUGGACAUCACGACCGCGCGGUUAUUGUCGGAAGCGUUGGACGAAUUCGAGAGUAACGAGGAAGCAGCAGUGGCGGUGUUGCACGGGAUAGGUGGCAACUUUUGCGCCGGUUAUGAUCUGCAUGAGAUUGCAAAUUACGACGGCGAGAACGAAGAGAGUUUGCCGCAUUUUGGCCCAUUGGCGUAUAGAAAUGAAUUAUCGAAGAAACCACUGGUGGCAUCUCUGAGCGGAUACACAAUUGGUGCAGGAUUCGAAUUAGCUCUCAUGUGCGACUUGAGAGUCGUAGAAGAUACAGCAAUGAUUGGUUUCUUAAAUAGACGCUUUGGCAUUCCGAUCUUAUCCGGAGGUACCGUGCGCUUGCCUGCUAUGAUUGGAUAUUCUAGAGCUAUGGAGCUCAUAUUGACAGGAAGACUAUUAUCUGCGGAGGAAAUGUUUAAUUGGGGUCUUGCGAAUAAAAUUACUUCAUACGGUACAGCUUUAGGCUCGGCCGUGAAUUUGGCAAAGUCUCUCGUGAAGUUCCCGCCGAAGACUCUGCUCGCGGAUCGCGCGUCAACGCAUUUCGCUACCUUCUCCGCGAAGCAAAUGGACGAAGCGCUACAAUUCGAGAAGGAUAACGCGUCGCACUUGGUGUUCGAGGAGGGUGUUUCAGGUGCCAAAACAUUUGUUGAGGAUGGUAUAGGAAAGCAUGGAAAGACUUACAAUAUUACGCCGUACGACAAGAGUAUCAGGGAAAUUGAUGAGACUUUAUUAUAGACCAAAAUUUUAGAUUAAAUAUACAUAACGCGAUAUAUUUAGUAUAAUAAUUAGAUAUUCGUGUAAUUCGGAAUAGAUAUCACUUUGAUUAUUUUCAUCUUGCAAAAUCAA